AUCGUGAAGACAAUAAAGAGAGAAAGAGAGAGGGCGAGCGGGGGCAAAGCGGAGGAUUCGGCGGAUAGGGAUUCAUGGAAGAAAACUAGUUUCGUUUCGUAGCAGCAUUGUUUUCUUCCUCAAAUCGCUCUCCCCCUCUCUCUCUUUGAUCGAUCCUUCUUCUCCUUCUUCUUUCCUUUUCUCCUCUUCCAUUAUCAACCGGAGGCCCUAUUUUGGGGAGAAAGCGGAAGAAGAAAUGGGGAAGGGAUCAUCGAAGUUUCCCCUCUCAGGGUGGGAAGUUGCGGUUGGUUUGGGUGUGGUGGUGAGCUUCGGGAUCGGGCUUCUGGGCGUCUAUUUCUCGAUGCCACCAUCGGAUUAUAGCUUCUUGAAGCUUCCGCGCACCCUCGAGGAGCUGCAAGCGCUCAGGGACCAUCUGGAAGGCUACGCAAGUGACUAUACUGUACAAGUCUUGGUGGGUUACUGUACAGUUUACAUUUUCAUGCAAACUUUCAUGAUUCCAGGGACUAUUUUCAUGUCCCUGCUUGCUGGUGCUCUUUUUGGAGUCUUUCAAGGUGUAGCUCUGGUGGUCUUUGCUGCCACUGCCGGUGCAUCAUCCUGUUAUUUCCUAUCAAAGUUGAUAGGAAGGCCUCUUGCCUUCUCACUAUGGCCAGACAAACUUGUAUAUUUCCAAGCACAGGUGUCGAAACGAAGGGAAAAGCUACUGAACUACAUGCUUUUCCUCAGAGUCACGCCCACCUUGCCAAACACUUUCAUCAACGUGGCUUCACCAAUAGUAGAUGUACCCUAUCAUAUAUUCUUCCUGGCAACUUUUAUUGGGCUCAUACCAGCUGCUUAUGUGACAGUCAAGGCUGGUAUUGCCCUGGGAGAACUAAGAUCAAUUGGCGACCUCUAUGAUUUCCAGUCCAUAGCUACAUUGUUCUUUAUUGGUAUCGUUUCAGUGACACCGACAUUAUUUAGCAAGAAUCAGGUGGCUGAAUGUGAAGCUAACAGCAAGGUCAUGGCUAACUGAACUGAAGCUCAAGUGCAUUCUUAUUUUCUUUAUUUUCUUUGUAUAUAACUUAGCUUCAUGAAUAGGAGAAAUUAUUAGGUUCGGACACUGAACAGAGAGAAUCAUCCGGAUUUCUUUCUAUCUAUAGUCAAGGCACAGCUGCUACAGUAACUGUGCUUUUACUGUAGGUAGAGAGAAAUCCGGAUGAUUCUCGUUGUCCGGUGUCCGCACCUAAUAGUUUGCCCAUAAAUAGGCAGCUUCUCUAUGAUUGUCUGUAGAGUAGCUGGACCAGCUGCUGUAUUCGUUCCAGUUUGUAUCACGUGGUGAUGUAUCCAGUUCUAUCCAAGCUGCUGUGCUGCGCAUUGUACAUACCAUCCUAUCCUUCCAUAGAAAUCUUUGUUCCCCAUCAGGUACUGAGAUGAAAGUUUAUUAGCCGAAAUUUUUAUUCGUAUAUUCUGGUUUACACUUUACACUAUGUGUGCGUUCAUUCGCUUUCUAUUUGUGUGGGUAAUGUGGAUGGUGGGUUUCCUUCA